AUGAAAGUUUGAGGAGAAACUUGAAGGAACCGUGACGGAAAUUUGAGGGCAAAGGACAGUGUAAAUGAAAAAAAGAAGAAAUGGGAUGCAAACAAUUCGGGUAAAUUAGUAUACCGGAUGGCUUCCCAUAACGUCACGUAACUGUGAUGCCAUUUAAUAGGCGCCAUUAGAUGUAUAAUAUUAACAAUGUACUCUUAUAAACUGUAGCUGUAGCAAUCAAGGUCGGCCUAUUUUAUUAGCUUCUGAUAAGAUAACUAUGAAAUUCAAACUGAUUUAUCUCGAUUCCUUAUCUAGCUGAAAUGUAACGCAAUUUCAAAAAAUGUAGACUUGCCACCAUUUUUUUGGAACUUUUAGAAUACUUAAGAGGGAAUCCACGUGACGCUCCCCUCCCCCUCGCGCACCAGCAAAUUUUAUACUUACAUUUGUUCAGUUGUAUGAUGGACUGGAAGUCGAAAAGCAUCAGACCAACGAAUCCGAGGAAGAAUGCGAACGCAUUUUGCGUUCCUACAUUUCUCUUUACAUUGCCGAUCUUCUUCAAAGGAUGGCGAAAGGAGUUGACAGAAGCCGACGUUUACGAGCCACUCUCCGGUUAUCGUGCGCGCUUGCUUGGUGAAAAAUUGGAGCAGCUAUGGAGAGAAGAGGUUGAGAAAUGUAAAAAAUCGAAAGCGACGCCGACGCUCCGAAAUCAGCUAAUACGAGCCUUUUGGUUUGAAGGCAUCGUGAAUGGAUUGGUAUUGAUGGUGGUUGAAGUGAUUGUCAAGCCUCUGCAAUGCGUUCUGAUAGGCAGACUUAUUACCGUCGUUUCCUCCGUGGAGAACGUGGGGAAGCAUGAAUUGUAUAUGUAUGGUGCGGGGAUGGCUUGUUGUUCGCUGAUAACUUCCAGCUUAAUUCACCCGUACUUGCUGGCAGUACAUAAUCUGGGUUUGAAGCUGAGGAUCGCGUGCAUUUCUUUAGUUUAUCGGAAGAUACUGAGACUAAAACUUAGUGAAUUCGAAGGGAUGAGUUCUGGCAAAAUUCUCACGCUAGUUACAAACGAUUCGAAUCGUUUCUACGAGAUUCCUUUACUGAUACACUACAUGUUGGUGGCGGUGCUUCAAAUCGCGGUAGUUGGAUGGUUCCUAUAUAAAGAGUUUGGGAUUUCGUCGCUAAUUGGUGUUUUCUUUAUAAUUUCAUUCGUUGGGCUGUAUUACCUUUUGGGAACAAUUUCGAAACGGUUACGUUCGAAAAUACUCACGAAAACAGAUGAAAGGGUACGUGUGACGAAGGAGAUCAUCUACGGCAUACAAGUGCUCAAAAUGUACAAGUGGGAAGGCUAUUUUUCGAAUUUGGUGUCUGAAUGUCGCAGAUUCGAAAUCAGAUUCACGCGUAUUUCUUCUUACGUAAAAGGAAUGUGUGCGAGUUUCCAACUUUUUGUACUACGCACGUCGGUUUUUGCAACAAUUUUGGCCUUUGUGCUCUUAGGAAACGAUAUAACAGCGGCGAAAGCAUUUCAAUUAGUAUCUUUCUACGCUAUCCUGCGAGCCCCUAUCGUAUCCUUCCUGCCAAAGGCAAUUUAUGUGAUAAUGGAGUCCGUAAUUCCGCUGGAAAGGUUAAGCGAGUUUCUUCGCUGCGAUGAAACCCAGAAGGAUUCACACGCUCGCUCAGACGAAAGUGGAGACGCAAUUAUACUCCGCAACGUUUUUGUGCAGAAAGCUUCCACCAACCUUCUUUCUGACAUCAAUGUCAGUAUAGGACGGGGUCGCUUAGUGGUUAUUGUCGGGCCGGUCGGUUGCGGAAAAACAAGCUUGGCACACGCCAUCCUAAACGAGAUGUCUUUAAGCUCAGGAUCAAUAACAGUGUCAGGAAGUGUCAGUUACGCAUCUCAAGAACCUUGGAUUUUCACCAGCACUGUGCGACAGAAUAUCAUUUUCGGCAAUAAAAUCGACAAACAACGCUACGACAACGUAGUGAAAGCUUGCGCUUUAAGUCGUGACCUAAAACUGUUUCCUCACCACGAUCAGACAAUCGUGGGCGAGCAUGGUGCGUCACUAAGUGGUGGACAAAAAGCGAGAAUCGGUCUGGCUAGAGCCGUUUACAGGAACGCCGACAUUUACAUUUUGGACGAUCCUCUAUCGGCUGUCGACUCCCGGGUUGGAAAAUCAAUCUUCCACGACUGCUUCAAGUCACUAUUGAAGGAUAAGACUGUCGUCUUAAUUACUCAUCAGGUGCAAUAUUUGAAGGCCGCCGAUGACAUUAUUGUACUGAACAACGGUACGGUAACAGCCCAAGGUAGCUUUUCAGACUUGGUUUCCCAAAACGUCGACUUUGAUGUGAUACUUUGCAACGGGGACGGUGAAAUGAUCACAGAGUGCGAAACAAAUCCUCAGAAAGUCCGAACAACGAGCACAGGGUCAUUGGUGUCCAAGCAGGUAGAUGCCCCAGACACAACGGACGAGCAAACAACCAGUGGUGCCGUUGCAAGUUCAGUUUAUAAAACCUACUUCUCAGCGGGAAGCCAUUGGAGCACCUCGUGCUUUGUGAUUGCUCUAUUUGUGAUAGCCCAAGUACUUGCAAGUGGAUCUGAUUACUUCAUCGCUUACUGGGUGAAUUUGAAUCAAGUACAAACCUCGUCGGUCAGCAUGCCAAUUAACAUAUUCAUUUACAUUUACACAACCAUAAUCUUCGGAGUUAUAGUAUUUGUUAUUGCUGCAAUGGUCACCUUACAUAGUUUGUGCAUGGAAUCGUCAACCGGAUUACACAACGCCAUGUUUACAAGUGUUCUCGGAUCUCCAUUAAAAUUUUUCCACCUAAACCACUCUGGACGAAUCUUGAACCGAUUCUCCAAAGACCUACAAACAAUCGAUGAAGAGCUACCACUGAUGAUGCACGAGACUGUUUUGAUGGGUCUUAUGACUACUGGAGCAAUUGUUCUUAUUGCCGUUGUCAACUACGUGUCAUUAAUUCCAGCUGCCAUCGCUAUUGUAAUGUUGUACUAUCUGCGCAAGUUCUAUCUCGCAACAAGUAGGAAGCUUAAACGCAUAGAGGCGACAACUAGGAGUCCGGUUUUGGGCUAUGUAAACGCCACGAUCGAGGGAUUAUCAACGAUACGCGCGUUUAACGCUGAGCAGGUUGUGCUAAAUGAGUUUAACUACCACCAAGAUCUGAAUUCUUCCGCCUCUUACAUGUUCAUCUCAACAUCCAGAGCCUUUGGUUAUUGGACUGAUCUAUCGUGCACCAUGUUUAACACCUGUGCCAUAUUUCUUCUCCUUAUCACUGGCAAUAACUUCGGCGGAAAUAUCGGGCUAACCAUAACUCAAAGCUUAGGAUUGACAGGCAUUCUCCAGUUCGUGAUCCGGCAAUACGCUGAAAUGGAGAACGCCAUGACGUCGGUAGAGCGCGUUCUGGAAUACGGCGCCCUCGAGCAAGAACCGGAAGAUCACUGCAUUACACCUCCGCCAAACUGGCCGGAACACGGCAAAAUCGUUUUCGACAGCAUUUCACUCCGAUACUCACGUGAGCUUCUGAUCUUAAACGACAUCAACCUCGUAAUAAAACCAAGGGAGAAAGUCGGCAUUGUUGGGCGAACGGGGGCUGGGAAAUCGUCGAUAAUCAACGCCAUGUUUAGAUUAAGCGAGUUUUCCGGCUCCAUUACAAUCGACGGAAUCGAUACUAAGACUGUUCCACUGUGUGACUUGCGCUCCAAAAUUUCGAUUAUUCCCCAACAGCCGACCAUCUUCUCGGGAUCGUUGAGAAAUAACCUCGAUCCGUUGGACGAAUAUUCUGAUGCCAUUCUAUGGACAGCUCUGGAGAAUGUCGAACUGAAAGAUACCGUCAGUAAUUUACCUUUCGGUUUAAAUUCGGUAAUUACCGAAGGUGGUCUCAGUUUUAGCAUUGGUCAACGUCAACUGAUGUGUUUGGCGCGUGCGAUGCUGAGGAACAACAAGAUUCUCGUCCUCGAUGAAGCUACGGCAAACGUGGAUCCAAAGACUGAUCUUUUGAUUCAGACGGCUGUUAGGAAGAAUUUUUCGAAUUGCACGGUUCUGACGAUUGCUCACAGAUUGGACACUGUGAUAGACUCUGAUAAGAUUUUGGUUAUAGACGGGGGGAAGGUUGUCGAAUUUGACCAUCCUCACGUGUUGUUGCAAGAUUGUGACGGUGUCUUCUACGCCAUGGUUAAUCAAACGGAUCGGCGGAAUGUUUGCGAAAACGGAUGACCCAAAAAAUUCUCCAAAGAACUAUCACUGACCUUUUUUAAUUGCAAUAAAGAUUUUUUAAGAAUCUUGUUAACAUGUUACUCCAAAGACUGCCAUGUUAUAUUAGAAGCCCUUGUUUGAUGGAUCCCUCUUACUUCUGUUUGCGCCGCUGCUAAAACUCUAGAGAAGCCGCCGAUUUCCAAUCAUCUUCAUUCAAUUCAGUAAAAGGUUUUGGUAAUUCCCAAAGAAUAUUAGUGAAUAAUGUUGGGAAGGCACCCACAAGUACCAUCAUAAAAUAGGGACGACCAUUAUUUUUGGCAUAACUCGCAUAAGAUCAAAAGCUGGUCCGUUGUUCCUUUUUCCGAUUCCCUAGGUAAAAUUCGGCCUCGCUGACCAUUUUUCAAGUCGUCCAAAUCGAGAUCGACUCCAUUCCCGAGAGCGCACACCUAUGCACCGGUGCAAGGCAAAAAUUAGACAGGAGUAGUAGUUUGAAGCUCUAUUAAAGAACGACUUCCUAUCAAGAAGUGAAGCUCAUGGACAAGUACUGACUGCUCCAGCAUCAGUGUGGUUUCGAGACCAAGUCGCCCACUCGAACUUCACAAUCCUUCCAGAGGCAAACAACCUCAGUUUCAGAGUCGACACGCGGUGGAAAUGUACCAAGAUGGCCCAGAUUUUCGGUUCUGUAACCACUACCGCAGAACAACACCAACAGAUCCAGAAUUUUCCCACCUCUUCCUCAUCAGCCCAAGGACUACUGUUCCCACACUUUCCUCAUAAGGAGAGAUCAAGACUUUCUUCCACUCGCAUCGUAUAAGAUUCGUAUAAAUGGUCCGCCUUUUAGUCCAAUACAGUUCCACCUUCCGAGAAAACACGAUCCCUACCUUAUGGGGAGCAUCCCAUUCCAUUUAUAGGCGAGAAUCAAGUAAUUGUCACUUCUCCAUAUCGACUAUUUCGUUUCCAAACAAGACCUACUGCUAUGCAAAGAGAUCACGACCUAAAUAUGCGAUUCUUUCUGUGGCAAUGGCCCGAAAACCCGAUGGAUCCACCAGAAUCUGUGUUACCUGCUGCCCCGGAUGGACGAUUUACUCCACGUCACGCUACUCGUAAAUCACAAUCUAUCCUUAAGACCGUGAUAAUUUUAACGUUCCGAAACUAAUACCCUCUAUGUUUUGCACUGAAACAAUAUAGCCGAUACACAAAUGUGUAAACUCAACUUAGUAGCUUCGUCAACUCCAGAAUGAAUCCAUCGCAGAAUUCUUAUAGACGACAAACAUGGGAGAUCAUGCAUCCAUUUGCAAAAACCACUUUCAGUCUCAGCAUCUACUGGUGCAUCCCACGCCCAACCAAGCUUCUUUUCCCAUGUGGUCUGCAGUACCUAUCAACUUUGACUUUAAAGUCGUCAGCAAAGUGAAUCCAGUGGGAUCGAAAAUCCUUUGAGCUAUUGUCAGCAUCAUUCUCUUCUUAACUGGUGAGGUAUCGGAAUUGCCCCAAUUUUGAAGAGAGUCCCGGAGUUUCUUCUGUCAACUAGGAAGAAUGGUUUUGGGUUUGGUAGCAAACUUUAUUAAGGAAUUCGAAUUCAGACGUCGACGUGUCAAAAAUCGUCCUGAAAAUGUGAGAAAUAAUCUCAGAAUGCAAGAGGGAAUGCAGAGAAGAUUAUCAGAUUGUGGAAACAUUUCCUAGAAUAUAGCAUUUUUUGUUUAAAUAAUAUUAUCGUUGCGCUUUUAACGAUCGAUAUGUGCGGAAUUGUAUCUAAAGCCUUCCCACUUGCUCGCAUGAGAACAUUCUGCCAUAUCGGUCUAUGCAUCUUGUAGUUUUAUAUCUGUAAGUCCUCUGCCUCCUGCCGAACGAGGAAGGUAAAGUCGUAUAG